AGCGUCAGGCCAGAAUAGUAGUGUCGUUGCAGCUUCCGUGCAGCUUCCGUGAGAUUUGGAAAAUCGUGCGCGGCGACCUGUUUUGGGAUCGUUUGCUCGAUUGCUCGAUCGCCGUUUCUGCUGCUAAAGUUUGCUAAUACGCGAAACUCUCUCCUUUCCUCCCAAGAAUAAAAAUUACAACAACAAAAACAUACACUCCCCGUUCACUGCGUCGCCUUCUACAGUCGAGUACACCGAACUGUACCACUAAUUCUCUUGUAUGCAUCUGUAAACGCGUUCAAACCACACAGCCAGCGAGCCGCAAUUACAAAGCCUAGCGGUUUAGAUAUAUUAUAAAAAUAGAAACUGAAGUGAAUUUAGAAAGGCGGAUUUGAAUUCCAAUUAUGGCCGAAACGUAUGAGGAGUACGAGGAGACGCACCAUGUCACCAGAAAGUCCGUGACCACCUUCAAGAUCGAGGAAUACCCGCGCCCGUUCUACGUUACCGUGUCCCACCCGUUCCUCUUGCUGUGUGUGUGUGAAUUUUUGUGACUUUUUUUGGUCUGCACAUUGUGACCGGGUCGCGCACGUGAAAAAAUAAGAGUAGCGCCGUGAUAAUAAUUAGGGAAGAACAAAAGAGCAAGCAGGGAAGAGGGGAGAGCAAAAAUAGCAUAUAGCUAAGUGUCAGAACUCAGAACUAAACGCCCAAAAAUUAGUGCCGAGGAAGGUAAUCUUCCCAAACAAAAAUUAGCAAAAGCCAAGCAAAACAAAUCGAACAAAGUACGCAAAAGCUCUGCCCGAGGGUGUGUUCUUUUGUUGCAAAAAGUUUGAGAAGACUAGCAAAGCCUUUUCCCCCCAACCACCCCCUUCUCCACACCAAACACUCACGCGCGCGCCCUCGCCAGUGUGUGUGUGUGUGUUUGCCCGUGUGUGCGUGCGUGUGAGUCAACUGCGUUACCUACUUCUUACCCUUUCUCCUUCACUUCUUACUUAGAGCAAAACCAUGACGUCGUCGUCGACCACCACCAAAACCAUCACGACACCGGCCAAACUGUACGGCAAGGAUGUCGGCGCGUACGACGAUAUCGAUGUUGACGAGCUGCUCGCCCAGCUGUCGCCGGAGGAGAUCACCAUGCUCGCCAAGGAGGUCGAUCCGGAUGAUUCGUUUCUGCCGCCCAGCCAGCGUACCAACUACGAGUGUGAUAAGGCACCGACCGGGCCGCUCGAUCGCAAGAAGCUGAUCGACCAUAUUAACAAGCAGGCGCUGGAAACGCCGGACCGCCCGGAGCUGGAACCGUUUGUGCCGGGCGUCGUGCGUGGCAAAAAGUGGAUACCACCACCGCAAGCGGCGAAGCUGCAGGCGGCCGACGAGCAGAUCGCAAUCGAUCUCGGCGACGAGUACGAGCAGGCGCUGUCCGAUGCGACGCAGGAGGAGAUCAUCGAUCUGGCCGCCAUCCUUGGCUUCCACUCGAUGAUGAACCAGGACCAGUAUCACGCCUCGCUGCUCAACAAGGGCCAGCCGGUCGGGCUCGGCUGGGACGGCAUCACCAAGUCGGCCAUACCGAAGAUCUUCCCGGCCGAGGCGCCGAACACGACCGAUCCGGAGGAAACGAUCCAGCGCAUCAAGAGCGACGACAGCAAGCUGGUGGAGGUGAACCUAAAUAACAUCAAGACCAUCUCGGACGAGCAGUUCGACAAGCUGUUCGAGGCGCUCAAGUCGAACACACACCUGGAGGUGCUGUCGCUCACGAACGUUGGGCUGACCGACCGUACCGCGCUAAUGUUGGCUGCCGCGCUCGAACAGAACCACGCCCUGCGGGUGCUGAACGUUGAGACGAACUUCAUCAGCCCGACGGUGAUUGUGACGCUGGUCAAGAGCCUCCUCACGCAGAUGACGAUCGAGGAGUUCCGUGCCUCGAACCAGCGAUCGCAAGUGUUCGGCAACAAGAUCGAGAUGGAGAUUACCGAGCUGGUCGAAAAGAAUACCACCCUGCUGCGGCUGGGUUUGCAUUUGGAGUUCAACGAUGCCCGGCAUCGGGUAGCCGCCCAUCUGCAGCGCAACAUCGACAGAAUUCGAGUCGACAAGCGUGACGGGCGCUCGUCCCGCGGCAGCUACUAUCGGCCGGUUCGCAUCGAGGAGGAGCUCGCCGAAAUGUCGGACGUCGAGGAGGAACCGGAGGAGGAGGAGCCGGAAGUCGAGGUGCCGCCCGCUGACUACGACGUCGAGGAGGAUCCGGACAACGUGGUGAUCCGUCCGCCACCAUCCGACGACGAAGAUAUUAAGAAAAAAUCUCUCACAGCGGCUGCAGUUUAGAUUUUUUCAAAACAUGCAUAGGAAACAAACAACCAUGAUACAGUGAGAGACCACGCGUGCGCGGCCUUUUUUUGCCACACGUUGUCCCGGGCCGAUGCGAUCAUCUCGCUGCGCUCGCCGUCUGACCUCUUCCCCCUUCCUGCAACACUCUUCACGACCUGUUACUAUUACUACUAUUAUCAACACCAUCACUUCUACUACUACUACUACUACUACCUAUUUACUCAGCACAACAACCACAAAAGAAAAGAUAGGGAAAGGUUUGCUAAAAGCAGCCUUCGUCCCAUCCACUGCAGCUACUGUAAAGGCAGAAAGUUGGUUAAUGAAUCUUGCUAAUGUCGUUAUUGCGCCGAAACCGAACAAACCAUUGCAAUUGCCAAAGCAAACAAACAAACAAUUUACACCUCCCUGCGCUACCCUGCCCUAGUGAGGCAAGCGAAUGAGCAAGAGAGUGAAACGUACUAGGUAACUUAAUCCAGAGAUAGAAAAAGAGAGAGAGAGAAAAAUUCAGCCGUCACUUUUGACAGCUCGGUGUGCCUGUGUGCAUAGAGUGUACAAAACAAAAAACGACGAUUGGUCGCGUCCCCUCGCCUUGAUCGUUUGUUGUAAAAGCAGAUAAAUCGAGAGGAGAUUAUCUUGACGGAGCUCGAAGAUCACACUAUAAGAUAGCGAAGAAUGUAAUUUAGAAAGGCAGAAACAAGGGGAAGGAUUCGUUGUUGGUAGCAUACGAUUUAGCAAGCAUACAUACCUACUACGGAAAAGAAAUUGUAAGGGUUUCCGAAAGCAAUUCAAUCAUUACUGGUUUUAUUUCUCACUGUUCUUUUCCAAUUUCAAACACCAUAAGCAUCAGUUUUUGGGAGGGGGCAAAUUGUGUGAAAAAUUUGUGUACAUUUGACAUACGAUUCUAAAGUAUAAUUAAUCCCAAGCUCUAUCUAUAUAACUCUGUUUGUUUUGCGGUGGGCAAACCAUUGCUUGAGCUUGUACGUUUCUCUGUUAUUCGAUUAUCUGAGCUAUUUGUCUUAAUUUGCCUCUAAAGUACAUUGUAAUCAUUCUCCUAUAAUCAUUUGUUGACUGUUUGCUAAUCGAAUAAAAGAGUAAGAAGCUGAAAGAGAGAUUAGCACGACACAGAAGUAGAAAAAGUAGAAAUAUAUUAUACUAUAUAAAGAAAUUUAAAAAAAAAAAACAAAUACACAUUAGCUUCAUCAUAAGGGGAAGAGUAUAAGAACAGCACAAGAAAAGUUCACCGUUAUAUAUUUCGAAUCACCUAAACUGGUAAAGAUAGUUCCUGGAUUAUUUUUCCGUUUAAAAGUUUUAAUCUUUACAUUCGGUUUAUGAAAGUUUAUGUUAUGUAACAUUGUGGAAGAAAUUUUAAACAAACCAUUUUUACCAUAUAGCGUAAAGUGAACUGUGCCAAGGAGUGAGACAGGCGAUUGCUUUUUUUUUCUUCGUUUUAUAACUUGUUUUUUUUUUGGGAAAUUAUGUAUAGAUAGUUUAGUAGCCGACGCCCUCUGGUGUUUUUGCUCACCAAUGUAUAGUGCUCCAUUGAAUUGUUGUACCAAUAAUACUCAUCUCACACACACUCACAUGCUCGGCUACUACACACAUACGCACAAGGCAAGGAUCGAGUUGGUGUGGCCGAAGUAGAGCGAGUUGUUGAGCGAUAGAUUAAAAAAAAUCAAUCAAAACAAAACAAAAAAGUAGCAACGAAACACCUAGGCUUUUAGUGCUCAACUGACACCUGUCAGAAACCGAUGUGUGGGUGUUGUAGUAAAGGAAUCGCUUCAUUUCCUGCAGUUCCUGCUCAAGCCCCUUCCGCCAACACUGGGCUGUCAACGUUUGACACUGCAGACAGAAACCGGCAAACUUUUUAUAGACAACGCUUGACGCGAACACAUCACACGCGAUCGCGUACAAUUUUGUGGGGUCCGUCUACGUUUUGUACUUUUGUUUUCUUUCCUCCACCUGUCUGCCUACCUAUUUUUUGUGCUAAACGCUCACGCUUACCCCUAUGUAUACAUGUAUGUAUAGCGUUGAAUAUAGAGUUGAAAUUCAAUUAAAAGUGAGCAUUAAGCGAGGAACCCACUCGAGUGAGGAGUGUGUAUUGAGGGGUGUUCAGGGUUCUUCGAUUGUUGGUGUGCACUUUCUUCGCGACCCAAACGAUAGAGAGCAAAGUACAGCCGCUGGAGACACGUGUGCAGGAACGGGGAUACAGACUGUGCGCUUCGCAUCGUUUGGAAACAGUGUUCAGUGUUCGCUAAUUAGAAUAUUCGGCAUACGGGAACCUGCCUGUCUCCCUCCAUCUUUCUCCCCUCCUUCCCCCCCCCCCCCUCUCUCAUUCUCUCUCUUGCGCUAUGCGGCCUCGCUUCUCGGUGUGGUAACUUUUCUUAGUAGACAACGCGGGCAACUCCUUCCUAUUGCCGGAAAUUGUAGAAGACCUUCCCCACAGCAGAUCCGUGUGCGAGGUGCGUCCGGAGCCGGUGCCCAUAAUCCGUAGGAAUCAGCAGCACACUAUUCGCAGCCGCUAUUGUUACGCCAGGCACGUCUGACCCAGAGCAAGUAAGCUCACCGAAGCCCCCGAGGCGACCUCACGCGACCCAGUCAAAUGGACCCCCGGAAACAACGCGUGGCAACCUAAAGGACGAGAAUUACCUGCGAGAAUUUACUUACCAACGCUACCAGCGGGCUUUUACUUCGAUUCUAGGCGACACGGUUUGGCUACGGGGACAUUAGGCUUUCGAGGACUGGGCGCCAAACUUCAGAAGAAAAAAACAAAACCUCUCGUCAAUGGGGUCUGUCUGCCACGCCAGUUCGACGGCGCUCAGUGUCCACGAUGAAGAUCCUUCCCCGGGGAGAGUGUCGGUCUGUCUCUAUCAGGGAAAAUAGGGCUCAACUGCUUUCGUGUGGAUUGAGAGCACACCAACUUUUUAUUUUCUUUUUUUUAAUCACUACAUAAACGCAUACCCUGGUAGCUCCUGUACGGUGCAGCAGGCACGAGCGUUACAUCUGCAACGGUCAAGAAAUAGGAAAUGAGCGGGGUAUGGCGCAGCAAACUACCAAGGAAUUCAAGGAAUUAUGACGAUGUUUCGUUGCAUAUGGUUUUAAUAUAUGACAAAUUGAGUUGUUUUUAUGGCAAACCGCCGAUCAAACUGACAAAAAAGUAUUAUAUUUUGUAUUCUUCUUUUUAAUUGCAAAUUUGUCUCUUUGCCGUUCAUUUUAAUUAAUUGACUAAUUUUCCUGGCCAACUUGUUCAAUAUUUUAGUACUGAUUUUGUUUGGUAUUGAAUGGUAUCUUUACACAAAAGCUCAUCCACAAACUCAUUGCGGUCUUUUUGUCGCGGAAGCAUUUGCCUCUGUGUCGCUUUGCAUUAGCCAUUAAGAAAGGGGAAGAAGAGGAAAAAACACGCGCACCAACACAUCACAUCAUGUGAGAUUAGAACCAACGGUCCAUCACGAUGGCUUAGGAUCGCUUUGCUUUCGCUUUGUUUUGGGAUGGCUUGUUUAAAACAAAAACAAACAAAAAAGAAAGAAGAAUAAAAUAUCGACGAAAAGUGUUCGAAAUACCGAUUUAUAAUCAGUUGCACGGUGGACAGUUUUCGGUGUCGCAUAGAUGAGGAAGAGCAUGAGGGAGCACUAAGAAGCAAACCACCGCCCACUCCGCCCUCGAAAAGCCGAAUAAAACGACCCAUUAUUAUUUACCAAAUCUGUUUGCGAGGGUAGUUGGAAAACACGUUGCAAUAAUUAGCUACCCCCGCCACAAUCAUGCACCCGGGGAACUAGAAAUGGCGCGGAUUCUUAUUUUACUAUUAUUUAUUCGGUAAGCAAACUGUGUUUCGAUUCGCUUGCGCGAGAAUGAGAGAGGGAAGAGUGGCAAACAGGAUGGAUAUGAAUUGAAAGAAGUUAAAUCCCCCCGCCCCCCUCCCCCGCCCUUUCUCGCUAUCAAUCGUGAAACGUUUUAAAUUAUUCACUAUCGAAUGUUUAUGGUAAAAAGAAGCAAAAUAUAAAAUGUAAGCAAAAACUCCAA